ACAGAGUGGACUGUGUGAAUUGUCUCACAAGCACACGCAUGCAUCUUCCACAUGCAUGCACUGCACCAUCUAUCACAUGCAUGCACUACAUCAUAUAUCACUACAUAUUCACCACAUAGAACCAGAAAAAACAAAAACCAGCGCAAGGUAGCAUUCCUGGCCGCACAUGCGCAAGGCGAUCAUCACACAGCAGCACGUUGCAGAGACGUCAUCCAAGCAGAAGAAGCAGCAGUAGCAGCAUCAGUGGGAUCGAGAUGAAGUCUCCUCCUAAACGACCUGGGAUCACCUUCAAGGUCGGCGCUGAGCUUGAGGCCAGAGACCGUCAGAAGAACUGGUACUGUGCCACUAUAGAGAAGAUGGACUAUGAGAAGGAGCAGGUCCAGGUCCACUACAAGCAGUGGAGCCGUCGUCAUGACGAGUGGUUUCCAUGGAGCUCCCCGUACCUCCGACCGCUGGAGUCUACCAGCCUGAGGAAACAAGGACUGAGGAAGCAAGGACUGAGGAAACAAGGCCUCAGGCAGACCCGGACGCGGCCGAUGUUUGGACCUGGGGCCAGGGUUCUGGCCUGCUGGACCGACUGUAAGUUCUACCCAGCCAAAGUCAUCCGGGCCAACAAAGAUGAAUCCUACACGGUGCGUUUUGACGACAGUGUGGUGCGCACUGUGAAACCGACCAAGAUAAAGCCCUUUAAAAAGAAGCAGAGGUCUCGGGGAGAGAAGAGUGUGGGGAGUGAGGGAUGGGAGGAUGCAGAGAGUGAGGAGGAGAAGAAAGGAGAGGAGGAGGAGGAGGAGGAGGAGGAGGGGGUGAAGACGGAGACGGAGACGGAGCCAUCAACCUCAGCACCUGACCUGCAGAAUGCUGACCACUGCCCAGCAGUUGGAGCUCAGAAUCAGCCAACCAGCAGCCAGCAGGAGCUCUCGGAAUCCACCCUGACAGAAAGAGAUACUCUGUUGGAACGUCAGGCCCACCUGCCAACAACGCAUAAAUUCAGCAGAGAACCACUCUACAGGGCGAUAAAGAACCAGCCCCCCCCAAUCAUGUCUAUCGAGCUGGACCACAACCCGUUCAAAUGUCCAGCGGCGGACUGUACCAAGUCGUUCAGGAAGGGGAGUCUGCUCCACUACCACAUCAAGUACUACCACUCGGACCAGCAUUUCGAAGGCCAGGCCAGCCAGCAGGGAACCCCAUGGCGGAAGCGCUCGUCCUCUGAGGGGCGGGACUUCCUGUCAGAGAGAAGGAAGGAGAACCAGAGUAACAACAAUACCCAUCACCGUGACAAAGCGGAUCACAUCACCACGGCAACAGAGGUGAAGCUAGAGGAAGGGAGGGAGGAGCCGGAGGGAGGGAGGGAGGAGCCAGAGGGAGGGAGGGAGGAGCCAGAGAAGGAGAAGAGAGAGAGGAGGGACUUCAUGAGGAUGAAGACGAAGAAGAGGAAGAAGAAGGGCAAGAAGAGACGUCACACAGGACUGUGUAGCAGUGAUGAAGAACGACCCCCCAUCACCCUCACCCUGUCCACCAGACACACACACCCACCCCCCCACGCUGACGAGGGAAGCGAUUGGUCGACGCUGACGGCAGAGAGUGGGGAGGACUCGUCCCCCUGGCCAGUUACCAUGGAGAUGGAGGACUGCGAGGUGGUCAGGUGUGUGUGUGAGGUGGAAGAGGAGAACGACUUCAUGAUCCAGUGUGAGUUGUGUCUGUGCUGGCAGCAUGGUACCUGUAUGGGCCUCUAUGAAGACAAUGUCCCACACUCCUACAUCUGCUACAGCUGCAGAGACGCUACAGGUUGGAAGCGGGGUCGUUACUUCCUGUCGGACUCUGAUUGGCUGAGGUCGGGUCACAUGUUCGGCCUGUCGUGCGUGAGGGAGAACUACUCUGAGCUCAACGCCUCCAAGAUCACACACACCACCCAGUUGCUGGCGCACACACUCGGCCUCACCCAGGUCCUCAGAGGCCUGCAGCUCAAAAUGUGCCUCCUACACUGCCCCACCCACCCAGACCUGCAGCUGUGGAGGUUACCGUGGAGAUCGGGGGAGGGGCCAACCGCCCUAGCCAAUCAGAGAGCCGAUACAGAAGGGAGUAACAGUGGUUUGGCUGGGUCGUACGUCAGCAGUGAACACUGCUACCAGAAGACCGAAGCAUCAUGGGAAAAUGAGGAGAAACAUGAGAAUAUAACAGCUAGUGGAACCAGCCAGAACUACAAGCAGGAUGUAGGGUGUGUGGAGGUGAAGGUGGAGGAGAGUCUGUGUGCGUCUGCAGCUGAUUGUCAGCUCCACCUGCUGGAGCACAUGGAGGCCCUGCACAGCCAGACCUCCACCCGCAUGGACCUGAUAGAGAGGGAGCUGGACGUUCUAGAGUCCUGGUUGGACCAUUCCGGAGAGCUGGAGCCUCCAGACCCGUUGUCCCGCCUCUCUGAGAUCAAGCAACGAAUCAGAAGGCUACUCUGUGACCUGGGUACCGUGAGGCGCCUGUCUGUCAUCCACUGACCUUUGACCCUGUUCCCCCAGCAGGGGGCAGUGUUACCAGAGCUGACAGUGCCCCAACAGGACAGGACAAGUACUGCACCUUCACUAGCCGCUAGCAUUAAGCUAGCAUCACGCUAGCAUCACGCCACUGGAACUGGCUCCUCCUGGAGAUGCCGAGCUGGAUCGUUAGCCAACACACGCUAAUAUGAGCUAACAUAAGCUGACAGCCCCCAUUACCGCGCAUGAGUAAAGUGAACAUCCCCUUUAGCACAUGAUGUUGACAUGUUGUUGGCAGUUUGCCAUGCCGUUAUCAUGUUGUUGACAUGUCGUUAACAUGUUGUUGACAGUCAACUAUGUUGUUGACAUGGUCAGUGUAAAUACUAGUGGGUGCCCUGCCAUGUGCUCCGGCUGUGUGACUCCCCAGGCGUAUAAAGCUUUGAUCUGAUACGAUGUGUUUUAGCAUCGUAGCGCCCGGUGGCCACACGCAGCACUCGGAGGAAGGACGGCGUCCGUGGGAAUGUAAUUCCGAUGUGCGUUACUUUUGACCCAGAGUCGGUCUCUGGUCGGCCAGCACUUUGACGCCCAGGGACACAAGAUGACGCUGAGCAGGUCAGACAGCUCAUCGUAUGGCUAUCUAGAGCUCAGCUGUCCUCCCUGCUCCUGUGAUCCUCUCACCUGGCUCCUCCCCUCCCCGCCCCUCUGAGCCAAUCACCUGGCUCCGCUCCACGCUAAUCCCUGCUAGCACCAGCGCCUCCCAAGACACGCUAAUAGACACAGGCUGCACCAGAUCUUUUAACAACUCCCCCCCCCCCAACAGACCAUAAUAAGCACCGCUAUCGCCUGGGUUACUGCAUCAGGUCGUGGAGUCUCCUGAAAGCUGAUUGGACUUCAACCAGGCAGUAAACAUGACAAUCCAGGAAGUCCUAUUCUUCUGAAGGAGCGGUGUAUUCCUGUUUAAAGCUCUAGUGUCUGCCGCCGUACCAGCUUCUGUCUCUGUGCUGAAACAUACUGAGUAUUAAGUGGAAAGCACAAACAGCUAUAUCUUAUUUGAACUUUUAUUCCAAUUCCAAUAUUAGUUGGCCGGUGAUAUUCAAACCACAUAAUCUUUGUUAUAUUUCCCAUGCCUGUUUCAAUUUUGAUGGUUUUUUAUAUUUCAUUAUAUCUGACAAAAAUUAUCUCUAUUUUCCUCGUAAAAGAGAAGAAUUUAUAGUGCUAUAAUCUGUUUUGUUUGAAGUAGGGGACUGCUAGAGACAUUUAAAUUUAUACCACAAAGUAAUUCCUGUUUCUGUUUUACUGCAACGUGAAUAAACGUGUGUUUUGACGCGUG